GCUUCGCUCACGCGUGCGUGCGCGCGAGCCUUUCUUCGCAGUGCUUUUGGUUGAUAGCACAAGGAAAGGGAGGGCGAAAGGCCACCGCUAGGACAUAUGCUAAGGCAUCUCAGCAGGAGGGGUGCGAAGAGCCUUGCGGCGGAGGUGCGGCACAGAUGCUUGGCGAGCACAUCGAGCGUCGUUUGGCAAGAAGCCCCUACCCUUGCGUCCCCACUGGGAAAGGGCAAGGAGAGGGCGGUCGACGAUGGGAAGGAGGAAGACAGCGAGGGCGGUGAUGGGUUCGGGCGCACAAAGUCGAUCUACGAGCACAGUCGGGCAUCGAGUAGACCGAGACCAAAUGUCCAUACGCCCCUCUUUGCCGCCAAGAGGAGCGGCAGUCGCGCCAGGCUGCUGUCAAAGUCGCUGCAAAAUGGCGAGUCAUCGCUAGACGUGGACAUGGGCGAGGGCAGAGAGGAGUUGAGGUCUGCGUCUGCAUUCGACGAUGUCCUUGCUCGGACAGACUCAAAGCUGCGAGAGCUGUACAGCGCCAUUUCGGUGAGGCGCGCUGACAAGAAUUUGGCUGGCGUCAUCGAUGUAUGCGCCGAUAUUCAGCAACGACUCCACGAGAUUGCUGCGGAGAGGAAGCUACCCUCUAUUCCGCCGCCUUCUCUCCACGUAUACCAUUGUCUUCUCUAUACAGCAGCGGAGUGUGGGCAGGUUAGGCUCUGCCAGAGCACGCUCGAGGACAUGCGAGCGCUGGGCUUCGACAUCGAUGUUGACCUGUUAAAUUACCGCCUCAAGGCCAGCAUCGUGGCCAGCGACCGCGCCGGCAUCGAAGAGGUGCUUGAUGAGAUUGCGUCCUUGUCGCCGCUAUGGGGGAGCACGGCAAGUGAGAGUUUGUCUGCCAAGAACGAAGAGGAACAGGUACAGGAACAGGAGCAGGAGGAGCAAAACGAGGCCAUGCCGGUCCUGAUAUCGAGGCACUGGACGCGCAACUGGACGCCAAAGACAUACCACCACAUGCUGCUUCGCUGCACCUUGACACACAACCUCGAGCUAGCGCUUGCCCUCCUGGGGUGCGCUUCGCAAACGAAGGGCCACGGUGUCCAGGAGGAAGGAGAAGCCCGGCAGGAAGAUGCCUUUCUCGCGCGUGUGCUAAAUCCUGCGACCUGCCUCAAUCUCCUCAGCGCAGCAGCCCACUGCCGUGAGGCACGCCUCAUGACCGACCUCGCCCUCUGGAUGGAUGAUGGGGCGAGCAUGCGCAAGCUUGACAGCCAGAUGUGGAUGUCCGUCCUCCGAUGCUCCGCCGACAACGACUGGUUCCCCGGCGUCGAGGUGGCCUGGGACCGAGCGGUGCGGAAGGCACUCCUCACGCCUGACGAGGGCCUGGUGGUGCAGAUCCUCAACACUGCCUCGCGCGUCCAUGGACAGGCCUUGUUCAUCCAGGAGAUUCUCUCCCUCUUUUUCGAUGUCUCUCCCGCGUCCUCGUCUGUCAGGUCGCCACGGGCGAUGCUGAAGAAAUGGGCGUUGCAAGAGUGGCACCUUGCACCCCUCUUUGAGUCCCAAUGCGCCGACCUGGACUUUGAAGCGGCCUUUCGCACGGCCAAUCGGAUCGCGAGCCUUAGCGCCGGCGUCGCCACACCUACGCACCAUACCCUCAAGUCUCUCACUCGCUUCGCCUCGUCCAGCCCAGAGGCGAUGGAAAAGGCAUAUGCCGCUUUCAAGGCAGUUGGCGCAGAGCAGACAACGUACGGUGGCAUGCUGACGGGCAGCCUCAACGCCAUGAUUGCGGCGGCGAACCGUCUCACGGACAAGGCGCUCGCGGUGCAGAUCUACCGGGAUCGCAAGUACCUCCGCGACGCGCGCAAGGACCCGCUCACCGCUUCUGUCCCUGCGCCGCCCACGCCGGAAGAGGAACCAAAAGAGGACUACGAGACAUGGGGCGGCAAGAAGCUCAAGCGGCCGGGGCUGGACCGAGCCAUGUUUACCAUGAGCCGCCAAGAGCUCGCCGACACCGUCUUGGCCGAUGCCGCGACGUUUGACGAGCUCCUGCUGACGGCCAUUGAUGCACGCGACAGGCUCAUGGGCACGCUCGUGUUCAAGGACCUCAACCACCACCGGCGGCGCACGCCCGAAGAAAAGGCCGCCAAGAUAGGCGAGAUGGUGACGCCGACGGCAACGACGUACGAGCGAGCGAUCAUCCUCUGCCUCACGCAAAAGGGCUACUACGAAGAUGCGUUCAAGUUCCUGGAAGAGGCAAAGAGGCGCAAGAUCGUGCCCACACGUACCAGCUACGAGGCGAUUGUGUUGCGGUGCAGGGAUGCCGGCGACGAGCGGUGGGAACGCAUUGCGCGCGAACUCCGAGAGACGGGGCAGAGGCCCAGUCGCAUGGUAGAGCGCUGGCUGAGAGAGAUUGACGGGGAGGACGCAGACACGAUACAAGGCGAAGAAGACAACAAGGUUGAGGCAGAUAGGAAAGCACAAACCAAGGGAAUCGAGCGGGAAAGGAAGACUGAAGGGAAGAUGAAAGAGAGACGGCAGCGUUUCCGGCCGAAGCAGAACCUCUACAAGAGAAAGGAGAGUCGCGAGGGGGAAGAGGAACGUUGGGAGUAAAUGCAAUACAUGCUUUUUCGACCAUUGCGCAGAGAAUACGAGGGAGAAUGUUCGUGUCACAAGCGCUUUUGAUGGUAUGAGAAGGAUCGGAUGAUACAUGGAUGUAUGGGAAAGGGGAUUCCUUGUUCCAUGGAUAUGCACAGCAUCGCCGGGUUGGAGGUGCGGGAUGGAAGGGGCCGGGAAGGACAUGACUAGUUGUUGUGCUCGUGGUCGCUCUUGCCGCUGCCGUGUGGGCCCUUUGAGUCGUGGCGAUGCUUGAA